AUGUGUAAAGAAUCGAUGCACGAGUUCCUCAAGGCUCUGCCCAAGUGCGAGCAUCAUAUGCAUAUUGAAGGCUCCCUGGAACCAGACCUUCUCUUCACCCUCGCCAAACGCAACAACAUCGCGCUGCCCGCACCGGAAGUCGACGCAUCCUUCGCGUCCGUCGACACGCUCCUCGCCCGCUACCGACGGUUCACGUCCCUCGACGACUUUCUGCACUACUACUUCAUCGGGAUGUCGGUGCUGGUGACGGCGGCGGACUUUGAAUCGCUCGCGUACGCGUACUUUGGGCGCGCCGCGGCGGACGGGGUCGCCCACGCCGAAGUCUUCUUCGACCCGCAGGCGCACACGUCGCGCGGCGUGUCGUACGCGACGGUGGUGUCGGGGUUCCGCGCGGCGCAGGCCCGGGCGACGGCCGACUUCAACCUCACGUCGGAGCUGAUCGUGUGCAUCCUGCGCCACCUGCCCCCGGCCGACGGGGCGGCCAUGUACGCGGCGGCGGUGCCGGACCUCGAGUCCGGCGCGGUCAAGGGCCUGGGGCUGAGCAGCACCGAGCUGGGCAACCCGCCGGCGCUGUUCACGGAGCCGUUCCUCGACGCCGAGGCCCGCGGCUUCCACCGCACCGCGCACGCCGGCGAGGAGGCCGACGUGUCGUACAUGGCCGAGGCGCUGCGCGAGCUGCACAUCCAGCGCGUCGACCACGGCAUCAAGCUCACCCAGUCCCCCGAAGUCCUGGCCGAGUUCGUCGCCCGCGACGUCCUCGUGACCAUGUGCCCGCUCAGCAACGUCGAGCUGCGCUGCGUCAAGCGCGUCGCCGACCUGCCCAUCCGCACCUACCUCGACCGGGGCGUCAAGUUCAGCAUCAACAGCGACGACCCCGCCUACUUCGGAGGAUACAUCCUCGACAACUACUGCGCCGUCCAGGACGCCUUCGACCUGUCCAAACCGGAGUGGGAGACCAUUGUAAGGAACAGCAUCAACGGGAGUUGGUGUGGUGACGAUCGCAAGAAGGAGAUGAUCAGCGCUCUUGAGCAGGUCAUGGCGAAGUUUUCGUGA